AUGGAUUCCUCUACGCAUUCCAGCAAGCCGGACAACAGGAAGAAAACCUCAGACUCGGUCAAUGAUCCUGAUUAUGAUGUAGAUUUGAAACCGGGCAGCGAGAGCGCUAUGCCGGCGGAGCUCAUCUCUGCUGGAUCUCAACAUUUACAUCGAAAGCUAGGAGGCAAAGAGAUACAGCUGUUUGCUGUGGGAGGAGCUAUCGGGACAUGUAUGAAAUCAUCCAAUACCUCGAAGGGGCCUUCUCAGUCGAACAUCCCUAUUAAAUCAAAAUCGCUUCUUCCUAUUAAGGCGAUGAUGCUGAUGUUUGCAGCUCUAUUUGUUCAGAUGGGAGCAUCUCUCCCGAAAGGGGGACCAGCCGGGCUAUUCUUAGGUUUUGUUGCAUAUGCGACCCUUAUUUAUGCAGUCAAUGAGUGUUUUGCGGAGAUGGUCACCUAUCUCCCCAUCCCAUCACCAUUCGUUCGGCUGGCUGGAUUUUGGGUUGAUGAUGCCUUAAGUUUUGCCAUGGGGUGGAACUACUUUUUUCUUAUGGCAUUUAAUAUCCCGUACGAAAUUACUGCGAUCAAUGUCCUUCUUACCUACUGGACCGACAAGGUCCCUGUGGCCGCAGUUGUGGUGGUUUGCUUGGUAAUUUAUGCAAUCUUGAACGGGCUCACGGUUCGCUACUUUGGCAUGUCCGAGUUUUACAUGUCGAUAUUCAAAGUCUUCCUCAUGCUAGGACUGAUGAUGUACACUUUUGUCACGAUGGUGGGCGCCGGCGAGGCAGAAAACCCACGCAAAUUGCUUCGAAAGGCUUAUUCUUCAUUCGUGUGGCGUCUCAUGUUCUUCUUUAUCGGGGGUGCUCUCUGUGUUGGGAUUGUCAUUCCAUACAAUGACGAAAUCCUCGCAGGCUAUAUUGAAGGGAAUAAAGAAGGAAGCGGAACUGGUGCUGCCUCCCCCUACGUCAUUUCGAUGGUCAAGUUCGGAAUCAAAGGUCUUCCAGAUCUAGUUAACGCCCUGAUCAUGACUUCCGUUCUUUCUGCUGGUAAUAAUGUUAUUUUCUCUGCCGCCCGCACUCUCCACGGCAUGGCAAUAGAUGGCAAAGCUCCUCAAUUCUUUGCAAAGUGCAACAAGCUUGGUACCCCGUACUAUGCAGUGCUAACAGCGCUGGCUUUCUGCCUCCUCUCUUUACUGCAACUCAGCAAAUCGUCAGCGACAGUCCUCGAUUGGCUUGUGGGCAUCUGCACGGCUUCAUACCUGCUCAACUAUUUCGGAACGAUUGUCACAUACCUACAUUUUUAUGCGUCGCUUCGUCGCCAAGGUAUUGAUAGGAAUACUCUCCCGUAUAAAGGAUUCCUCCAGCCGUAUACCGCCUGGACUAAAUAUGUUCGACCGGGAGAGGCGGAUCUUCAACUGGGCAAUGUCAAGAGCGAUAUUGACCUCUACGAGGCAGUUUAUGAGCCACCGAAGAGAGGGAAGGUAUUGGGGUAUUUGAACGGUAUUUUUGAGUGA